UGAGUUAGAAGCAAAACUCAAAGAAAAAGAAAGGCGCAAUACACAUGAACUGGAAUUGAUUGGCAUUACAAUAGUGAGACGGAAUGCAAAACACUGUAACGAAGGUUGCCGUGGUGGGAAGCGGAAAUUGCUUCUUUGAAAAUUUUGAGCCGACAGUUUCAGGAGCUGUUUGUGCGGCUACUCUGGCAAGGAAUGGAAUUUCGGUGACCCUUUUUGACUCUGCUAGAGGUCCUGGCGGCCGCAUGUCUCAAAGAAGAGAGAUAAGUGAAGAUGGGAAAGAGCUGUUAUUCGACCAUGGUGCUCCUUAUUUCACAGUGACAAAUCCUGAUGUGUUGAGUGUUGUUGCUGAAUGGGAAUCAAGAGGCCUUGUUGCUGAAUGGAAACUAAAUUUUGGGUCUUUUGAUUGUUUCUCUAACAAAUUUGUCAACACUGAAAACCAGGAAAGACCAAGCAAGAAAUAUGUUGGUGUGCCUAGAAUGAAUUCCAUUUGCAGAGCAUUAUGCCAUGAACCUGGAGUAGAGAGUAAGUUUAAUGUGGGUGUUGGGAAGUUUGAAUGUAUAGAACCUGAGAAUUUAUGGUCGUUGAUGGGCUUGGAUGGACAGAAUCUUGGUCAUUUUAACGGAGUGGUUGCAUCAGACAAAAACAUCUUUUCUCCAAGGUUUACAGAGAUAACAGGACAAUCACCCCCUCUUGACUUGAGUUUGGCUCCAGAGUUGGUGAAACUGCGCAAUAUUCCCGUUAAUCCUUGUUUUGCUCUAAUGGUAGCAUUUUCUGAUCCUUUGUCUUUGGUACCGGCAAAGGGCUUCUCAUUAACCAAUUCUAAGGUUUUAAGUUGGGCUUACUGUGAAAGCAGCAAGCCAGGGCGUUCUUGCACAAGUGAACGAUGGGUAUUACAUUCGACAAUGGAGUAUGCAAAGGAUGUGAUUGCUCAAACUGGCCUUCAGAAACCUUCACAAGAAACAUUAUCAAAAGUGGGCAAUGAAAUGCUCCAAGAAUUUCUAGGCACAGGUCUCAGUAUUCCACAGCCCUUUUUCAAGAAAGCUCAUAGAUGGGGAAGUGCCUUCCCAGCUGCAAGCAUAGCAAAGGAAGAGAAAUGCCUGUGGGAUGAGAAGAAGAGACUGGCCAUCUGUGGAGAUUUCUGUGUUAGUCCUAAUGUUGAAGGUGCAAUUCUCAGCGGCUUGGCCGCAGCCUCAAAGCUUCAAAGCAUGCUUAGUAGCCUAUAGUAAUUCUGCAGAAUGCUUUCCUAUCAUGUUGGCUGCAACUAUACCCAGUUGGAGCAAUUGGAUUUUAAUAAUACGAGAAACCAUAUUUGGUUCUUCCAAAGAAAAAUAAUAUUUGAAUUGCAAUAAGCUGAGCUCUUUGUUGGAGCAUGUGGGUUAUAAUUAGAACUAAUUAUUUUAUAAAAGUUACCUUGAGUUGGGUUUUGAUGUAUGAGUCUAUCAACUUUUAUUAUUAUUAUUAAAAUUGUGGGGU